AUGCUCAAACAAAGACCAUCAGGCCCAGUCCGUUUCAAACACCAGCGUCCCUCGAGCAAGAGGACAACAGUGGAGACAGAUGUUUCUUCCGAAAAUAACGAGCAGAACUACAGUGAUGACUCUGGUGAUUGGUUUGACGACGAAGACGAGAUUCAACCAUCCGAUAGUGCUUCAGCUUCUGCAGCCCCAGAGAAUCCGUCGACAUCGUCAACUGCUCGUGACACAGAUCUGCCAAAGCAUCAUAAUACGAAGGAUAUGUCUCAAGGCUGGAGUAACGCUGGUCUAGGUGGUCACCCCUUGGUUCAACAUCAGUAUACAUACCAAGGUGCGGGUCAAGCACCAACUCAACCACAGCAUCCAAACUAUCAGCCAACCGAAGGAUAUGGAACGCACGGAAUGCAUGAUCCUAGGUCAUAUCCCUCUUACAACGUACAAUAUCCUACGGCCCCAAACAUGCAGGGUGUUGGUGUAUCUGGCAACGGCACCCAACCAAAUGUCUAUCCAUACGGACACAAUGUUCCUCCAGAGCAUCAUCAAUAUAACCAACAUGUACCUUUUGGAACCUAUGCACCAAGGAUUCACAACAUUCAACCUCGCAUACAUACAGGUCUAUCUGUAGCAUCAUCUCCUCCCCCGACCCCCCGUCCCAGAAUUCCUUCUCCGCCGAGAGAAGAUCCAGAGAAGAUGGCUCUAUUAGCACAGCUUAAUGAAAUUAAAACCAUGGAGGCGAAGGCAAAAGCAGCUGAAGAGCAAAGGGAGGCAGAGGCCAAGAUUCGAAAGGAAGCUGAGGAGGCUUUUCACCGAAGAAUGGAGGACAUGAGACUCGCCCAAGAGGAAGCUAAGAAGGAAAUCGAAAGAGCUAAGCUCGAUGCAGAAAAGGCAGCAAAAGAGAGAAUGGAGACCGAAAGACAAGCUCAGGAAAGAAGAGCAGCAGAACAUGCCCGAACCAUGGCAGAGGCUGAGAGAGCAGCCGUGGAGAGACUGCGGGCUGAACGUGAAGCGGAAGAAGAGAGAUCAAAGAGAUUCAACGAGUUUGCAGUGAAUCUUGAAAAGGAAGUCAGAUUGAAGGUCGAAAUGGAGAAGAGAGCUGAGCUUGCGGAACGAGAUGCAAAGGUAAAGCAAAGUGAAGAUCUUGAAAGGCUCGCAAAAUUAAAGAUGAUCCAGAGCAUGGACGAGAUCGUGAAUCUAACCAAGAAGCGAGUCCUGCACGAUUUGGUCACAGACGGAGAAUCUAUAGGAUCAAAGGAGAGGCAGGGAUGGUUGAUAGAGACGCGGAAUGAAGCAGAUGCUGAGAGGAGUAUGUUACCGACAGAGAAGGGUCAGCUCUCGAUACCUCGAUCCAGUACACAGCCGCGCCACGCCACUGUCUCAACUGUACGCUCUGCAUCAAGCGCUUCGGUAAAGCUCCCAGGUGUCUCACCGACUCCUUCAUGGAAAGGGAAGCAUCCUGAAGCUCCUGAUCCGUGGGGUUCAGGAUCUGAAAGCGGUGAUGAGGGGACUACCAGCAGACCCGGAACCAAUACUCAACAUCCCUCUGAACCCGUACGGAAUUCUCGACGCAGUAUGUUUGAGAGACAGCAGCAACAGGCGUAUCAAAAAGCAGAUACCUCGCGGAUUGAGGAUUUGGUUGACCAGAUAGCUGAUGCUGUCAUGGAUAGACUGAUGCACUCUCCGUACAACGAGAUCUUGAUGCACCGCCCUGCACACACUGGUCAAUACUCUCGCCGACACGUCCGCCCCAGACCAGACCCAUUCACUACAGCUCCCAAUCCAUUCCCGAGCGCCAGACAGUUCAGUAAUGGGGAAACACUGGAAGUGGAAGAGACAUCAAGUUACGCCCAAGGUCCACCUCCAUGCGGGCCGUCCCGACGAUUCUACAAGCCCCCUAAACCAGCACGUCUACGAGGACGAAGCAUCAGGGGCACGAAUCCAACCCCAUCUCUAGACCUGGCUCCUCGCGAGACACUAUCAUCACAGGAUGUCCCUAUACCCACUGGCAAGAGCAGAUCAUCAACACUACGCAGCCCACCGCCAGGUCCUCCGCCACCUCUAGAAGAUUGGCUCAACAACAGUGCACAGUUCGGAUCGCAGACUAGCUAUUCGGAAGUCGACACUGUGACUCAAGAGACUUCUACAAUCCAUGGUAUAACGCCUGAUAGUAGUGAUACAGCUUGGAAACAUCCCGAGCCAUGGAUCCAAGACGUUGUUUCUGAGCCUGGGGAUGGACAUAACGUGAAGAAGGGGUAUGGAAAGUUGCAUAAGGACAGGCUGGAUGCUUAUUUAGCAGGCCAAAAGGAGGGUGAUAAUCUUCAGAAAGCGUACAAAUAUGUUUUCCAAGAUGUUGAGCCAGUACCGGCAAGUCUGAAAAUGGGAGUAGGAUACUAG